AUGAUAUUUUGGGGAAAGCAUUCCCCCACUGAAAUUGCAUCGAUCUCGGAGAGGUGGGCAGAGCAGCGUAUCUUCAUCGAUAUCUGUGGUGGACCCAAUGAUACCGCAAGACAGAUCAAAUAUCAUCAUGGAAGGAAUAGAAAUGGUAAUCAGACGGUCUGAGAACCGAGGGUAAAGGUCCCGGAGCUUUGUUUCCGUGAUAACAGGUGUCGUAUGCGCUAGCAGAAGGGGAAGUGGGCGAGGGGAGGAGAAGUUGAAGGGGAGAAAUAGGGGAGGAGGAGCUGGAGGAGCUGGAGAAGGUGAAGGUGAAGGGGAAGGGGAAGGGGAAGGGGAAGGAUGCACUUUUGCAGUUGCAACCCGCCAUUGCUCAAAUAGAGGCAGACAGAGGCAGGCCACGACCCGAAUCAAUACAUCGUUUAUGUGACACUGGCAUAAAGAAAGCAGCAGCGAGCAACAUUGAGCAGCAGCAGAUGAAGGCUCGCAGCAACAAUGUUACAGUACAGUACAGCACAGUGUUGCCCACACAGGGAAGGAAAGCAGGCAGGCAGGUGCAAGUGGCAACCAGUGUCCUUGGUCACUCAAUUGCUGUAUAUGGAAAUCAUCAACGCCGAUCAUCACUGGGGACGGCUGGGAAAAUAAUCUCUACCGUGCGAUACGAGCACUGUGCGUUUGGAACUCCCGCGAUAACUUCCAGAACGUGA